UUCUCGUUCUCCAGGUGUGCACAGGGGGACAUCGUCACACACACGGCCUGGCUCAACCGGUCCAGUAUACUGUACGCCGGCGAGGACAAGUGGUCUGUGGAUCCCAGGGUGAGUCUGGUUACACUCAAUCAGGAGGAGUUCACCAUAAAGAUUGAGGAUGUGGACAUGACCGACGAGGGCCCAUAUAUCUGUGCGGUGCAGACGAGCAGCAGACCGAGGACGACGUCAGUGCACAUCCUCGUCCAAGUGCCCCCCACAAUCAUCAAUCUGUCGAAGGGCAUCGUGGUCAACGAAGGCUCCAACGUCACGCUGAUGUGCCAAGCCAGUGGCAAACCAGAACCCUCGUUUACCUGGAAACUCCUCUCUCCCUCAGGUGACCUGGCUUCGGAGGACGAGUACCUGGACAUCCCCAGUAUCUCCAGACAGAGAGCGGGGACAUACGAGUGCACUGCCGUCAACGACAUCGCCACAGAUGUCAGGACUGUGGAGAUCACAGUCAACUAUGCCCCCAGUGUGUCAGAGGGCAGAGACGUUGGCGUGACCCUUGGCCAGAGAGGGGUGCUGGAGUGCGAGGCGGAGGCAGUGCCCGAGGCAGACUUCGAGUGGUACCGAGACGACAGAAGGAUCUUCAAUGGUUUUGACGGCAUGGAGAUCGAAGACGCCGGGCAGCUCUCCAAGUUGACCUUCUUCAAUGUCUCUGAGGCAGACUACGGCAACUACACUUGCAUCGCCAUCAACAAACUGGGCAGCUCCAACACAAGCUUUGUCCUGUAUGAGGUUAUUGAGCCCACUAGCUCAACACUAUUGCAAGGACCUGGAGCAGUGCAGGAUGGGAACAGCAGCUCAAUGGGGACGCAUGUACACACCUACACCUGUCUACUUCUGACCAUCCUCCUUCAGUUUCUGCUCAGGUUUUGAUGCAGUGGGCUUUCUGGCUUCCGAGGGGCAAGGUUGCGUGGUUUGUGUGUUUUCUCUCACCUGGAAACAUAAAUGUGAUGCACAUGCGUGCAUGGGCUACCCUAUUACAUAAUGUCAAGCCGCUAAAAAGUAUUAUGUAAAUUAUACGUUUUUCUUUGUUCAUUUUAGGAGUUUUAAGGACAUAACAACAUUGUCACUUUUUUGGUUUUCGUUUCCCCUCCCAUUAUGGUAUGAUUCUUAAAUGUUUCUAUUCGGGUGUGGUUUGUCUGUUAUUUACAUUUUAUUUAUCUCAGUUUAUACCGAGUGACAGUCAUCUUAGCCCCAAGAGUCUUAGCCCCAAGAGUCUUAGCCCCAAGAGUCUUAGCCCCAAGAGUCUUAGCCCCAAGAGUCUUAAGUGUAAAUCAUAGUCCACAGACGCUAAGAUGUGAUAGUCCGGCGUCCCAUUGUGAUAUAGCUGAGAAUUCAAAAAGUAUGAAUGCCAAUAUUCCACAACACUGCUAUGCGUAUACGUUUUGGACUAUGAUAGACGCUUUAGCCCCAAGAGUCUUAUCCCCAAGAGUUAAGUGUAUGAGAUGAAUGAAACAAACACCUCAAACAGGCAGUGAAGCAGAUGGACUGAAAUUACUCUAGGACCUAAAAGCCUGUUAUCAUGUUUGUUUUUGGUGUAAUUAUAAUUUAAAGCUAUUUCUGAUUCUGACACAUUGACAAACCAUAACAAUGGAGAAAUGGUAUUUGACAAAUGUUGUUCUUCCUCUCAGCAUUGUAAAUUGUGAUAUUUUCAGUUUGUGCUAUGCUAUCUAUUUUAAUUUUUUUUUCACAUAUUUUGAAAGGGGUAAAUACAAUAUCAAAGUUGUAAUUUUAAUUAUUUAGGCAAAGAGCCUGUUCUUCGACCCUUUUAGCUGGCACAAGUCUACACAAGGUGUGGUAAAGAAUAAUUACUUAACUAGUUAUGUGUGGACAUCUAACUUCAAGUAAUGUAAUCGCUCACAAAUGUUAUUAAUGUCACAACAACUGGUGUUACCUUAAGGUACAUUUACAUGGGUCAUUUGCACACGUUGGGGUCAAUUCUGAAGUGUUCCCGUCUCAACUAAGCAGUGUAACUAAGAGGCUAAGGAGUAAGAUCGUGUCCAAUAGCAACUCUCUAUGGAUCACUCUAAGGGCAAAUCCUAACUUGCACUUGAAGGGAUACUUCGGGAUUUUGGCAAUGAAGCCCAUUAUCUACUUCCCCAGAGUCCGAUGAAC